AUGGUCGCUAUCCAGAUCCUCUCAGACCUUCAUCUUGAAGCACCAAAAAGUUAUGAUAUCUUUGAGAUUACACCACGCGCACCCUGCUUAGCUCUUCUAGGCGAUGUCGGCUGUCUCUCCAAAGAUUUCGAUGAUUACAGCAAGUUUUUGCUAGUGCAACUAGGUCAAUUCAAGAUCGUGUUGCUCGUAUUGGGUAACCAUGAGCCUUAUCAUUCGAGUUGGGCCACGGUGAAGGAUGACAUGACGAAGUUCCAAGAGAACGUUUGCAGAAAAAAGGAGGGUGGCGAGAACCUGGGUGAAUUCGUCCUCCUUGAUCGAAAAAGAUUCGAUAUCGAUGUUGGAGAAGACAAAGUCACGAUACUAGGCUGUACGCUAUUCUCCAAUGUCGACCCUGCGUCGCACGAUCACGUGAGCUUUGGGGUCAACGAUUUCUACUAUACCGAAGAAUGGGAUGUCGAGAAGCAUAAUGAAGAGCAUCGGCGCGACGUUCAGUGGCUGAAGACACAACUAGAAGGAUUGAAUGGCUCCGGGCGCAAGGUUGCCGUGUUCACCCAUUUCAGCCCGACUACCGAUAACCGGGCCGUAGAUCCUCAACAUAGCAAUAGCACGAUCAAGUCAGCAUUCUCAACAGAUUUGCGUGACAAUUCUCUCUGGAAUGAGACGAUCUGCUUAUGGGCUUUCGGUCACACGCACUAUAACUGCGACUUUGAGGAUGAUCAGGGGAAGCGGUUAUAUACGAACCAACGAGGUUAUUAUUUCAGCCAGUCUGCUGGUUUCAAUGCAUCCAAGGUAGUUGAGAUGUAG